UUUUUUCUAAAAAUCUCAUUUUUAUCAUGUCCAUCGCUCUUCCUCAGCUUCGCUCGUCACUCGCCGCAUCAAUGGAGCUGCUUCUGGCCUUCAAAAAACCCUAGCUUUCUCUUGUCUUCUUAUUCCCAAACCCUGAAAAUCCAAAUGCUUCAAUCCAAUUAACUCUCAAUCCUAUCCUAAAUGCCCAUGAUCUCCCACCCUUUUCUCCUAAACCCGUCACAUGAAGGCCUCUAUCCGCCGGCUUGUCUCAGUCCCCAAAUCCAUUCAUGCCCUCGCCCGCGCCGACCUUAUCAAGCCCGCCAUCGGCUCCCUCAUCCUCUGUCGGAGCCUUGGUGACCCAGUCCCCCCAGAUUCCUUCGUCGCCAUCCUCAAAUCCGUCUCCUCUCCGAAAUCUUUGAUGUGCGGUAAACAACUUCAUGCUCAUAUGGUUGUCACGGAUUUCAAUCACGAUACUUUAGUUCAGAACUAUUUGAUCGUUAUGUAUGGUAAAUGUGGCUCCUUGGAUGAUGCACAUUCGGUUUUUCGGUUGAUGAGCAGGAAAAAUUUGCAUUCUUGGAAUACUCUGAUUGAUUGUUAUUGCAAGUUCGGAUCUUUGAGUAAGGCACAGCAGUUGUUUGUUGAAAUGCCGCAAAGGGAUGCAGUUUCAUGGAACACGAUGAUUUCAGGGUAUGACCAUCAUGGACCAUGCGAGGUUGCAUUGGAAUUUUUUGUUCGGAUGAGGCAGUCAGAGUGUGUUGUUGAUCAUUUCGGUGUUUCAAGUGCCAUUAGUGCUUGUUGUAAUCUUAGGUUUAUGAAUAAUGGGAAAGAAAUCCAUGGGUUGUCACAUAAGGUUGGGCUUGAUUUACACCUUCAGGUGGGUAGUGCUCUUGUAGAAUUGUAUGGUAAGUGUCAAUUAAUUGAGGAUGCUGUGAGGGUUUUUGAAGGGAUGGUUUUUAGGGAGCAGUUUACUUGGAAUUCAAUGCUUGCAGGCUAUAUUGAGUGCUCAAAUAUUAACGAAGCACUACACUUUUUUGGUGUAAUGCAAGGAAAGGAUGUUGUUUCAUGGACUAUGUUAAUUUCUGGCUGCUCGCGACAUCAAAUGAAUGAAGAAGCUGUUGAGUUGUUUCACAUGAUGCAGGAAGCUGGCUUGUGGCCAGAUCAGCUGUGCUUUGUUAGUGCUUUAAAUGCAUGUGUGCAGAUGUUGGAUUUGGAAGAAGGGCUUAAUAUACAUGGUCAGAUUCUUAAAUUUGGGUUUCAGGCUGAUGCAAUUAUUGGGAGUGUUCUUGUGGCAUUGUAUGCAAGAUGUGGGUGGUUUGACAGUGCGAAAAGGGUAGCUAAUGCUUUGGAUUAUAUUGAUGAAUUUUCGUUGAGUGUUUUGAUCUCGGAAUAUGCAAAGCAUGGUCGAAUAGACUGUGCUUAUGAGUUGUUUGAGAGUUCAGAGGCGAAGACUCUCCCCUUGUGGAAUGCUCUGAUUGGGGGUUAUGCUGAUCUUGGAUUGGAUGAAGAGGCAUUAGCAACUUUUAGACAAAUGAAGAUGGAUGGUAUAAACGGUGAUGAUUUCACUUUUGGGAGCCUCAUUUUAGUUUCUGAAAAUUUAGGUAGUAGGUAUGGUGAACAAAUUCACUCACAAACAAUAAAAAUGGGGGUUGAAUCUUCUGUUUUUGUUAGUAGCGCUCUCAUAGACAUGUACAGUAGUUCUCUUGUUUGUGAAGCUGCUAUAAAUAUAUUUAACGCAAUUCCUAAAACAAACCUAGUUUCAUGGAAUGCCAUGAUAUCUGGGUAUGCCUUGAAUAACAUGAAUUCGGAAGCAAUACUCACAUUUCAGCUGAUGGCUGUUUCAAGAAUAAAACCAGACAACAUUAGUUUUUCUCUUAUCCUUGAGUCAUGCUCAAGUUUAUUUUCUCUUCCUGGGGGGAUGCAGGUCCAUGCUAUGGCAUACAAGUUGGGUUUUGAAUCUGAUGUUGUGGUUGGAAGUGCCCUUGUAGACUUGUAUGGGAAAUGUGGGAAUAUGCAUGCUGCAUCUCGAGCAUUCUCUGACAUACAUGUUCCUACUGUCGUGUCUUGGACUGCUUUACUGAGUGGAUUUGUGAGACAUGGGAUGUGGGAUGCAGCCAAGGAGAUUUUCAAAAGGAUGCCGCAGAAGAAUGUUGUUUCAUGGAAUACACUGAUUUCAGGACAUGCAAAACAUGGUUCUGGAUUGGAAGCAUUUGAGCUUUACUCCCAAAUGACUGAAUUAGGUCAAUUUCCGGACUAUAUAAGCUUUAUUAGUUUACUGACGGUUUGUGGUGAUUCUUUACUAGAAGAACCUGGAAAGCAGGUUCAUGGUCAAAUAAUUAAAACUGGUUACUACAGGAAUGCAUAUGUGAGCACUGCCCUAAACAAGAUGUAUCAGAAACUAGGAAAUUCUCCAGAUAAAUCAAAUCUAUGUUCCAGCUUCUGUUUUCCGAAAUUUGGUGACAUUCGAAGUGUGUCUGAAGCAGAUGCUGUCUCUGUAGAUAGUGGGAUUGCAUAGCAUUGCUUGUGUCUUUGAGCCUUUUUUUCUCCCGGAAAGCCUCCUGUUUCAUUGAGAAUUUGGUGGCUCAUUGGGGCUUUUGUUUAUGUCAAUGAGCAAUCUUCAUUCUUGGGCUGGAACUAUUGGGGUAAUCUUUGCAAUGCUUAGUGUCAUUUACAAUUAUCUCAAUGAUGGAUCAUAGAUAUGUCAUGCAUCCUGGCCUCACCAUGUGAGAAGGUUUUCCAGUCUUCUUGAUACUUAGAAGUGGCGUAAAACGUUGUUAACUGUGGAAUCAAUUGUAGUGGAAUUUAUAAAUUCUCAUAGAGACUGGUGGCCCCUGUAAGGAGGAAUUCAUUUAGGACUACAUUGCUGAAAUGCAGGUAGGAUCAGUAAUGGAAUUUUACCACAAAUCUAAAACUGUGCUCUAAAAGUGAAGAUUGAAAUUAGUAUUAUAAGAUUAAUUGAUCAUUAUAUUUCAGUAUGAUUUUUUAUUGGGUUUGGAUGAAAAAGGAAGAUGAAUGGUGGUUGUUAAAAAUUCGAAGGUCUCAAGUGAAACGUGUAGUUACUAAGGUAGAAUGCUGAGUCUACGUUGCACUGUGAACAAUUUGCUUGAGUAGCGGUGUCAGAGAUACAGUUCAGAAUUAAUCCAAAGAAAUGCUGUAAGAGACUGAAUUCCCUGGGUGAAAUCUUCUACCAGGCAUAUAUUAGUCAUAUACACUCUAAAUUUAUAACUUUUGAUGUUUUCUAGUUUUGUUUUGGUAGUAAUAUCUUUCUUAGGCACAAUAUGCCCAUAGCUUUUUAUGUGGUACACACUCACAGGAUUUUACUUUUCAAACUCUUUGUAAUUCUUUGUUGAUUGCCCAAGUUAGCUUGAUGCUACUUUUGAGAAUGGAAAAGGUUGCAUUCUAAUCACUUCUUAUGAAAGACCUUGGUAGCUGGUAUACUUGCUUUAACUAGAGUUGAUGCUUUGUUCUUGCCAUGGACUGUUGACACACUGAUUCUGGAUGUGUCUACUGGCCUUGUCCUUUGUAUGAAGGCCAACAUGCAUAUAGCUGCAGAUACAAGUCCCUGUCAUUAUCACCGUCGGUGCUAAUCAAAUUUUAGCAUGUCAUUUUGUUGUAUGCCAAUUGCUUAAAGAAUUGUUGCUUGCUAACCUUUAUUAAGAAAAAGAAAAAUGCUUAAUUGAAAAUCACCAAAACUUCUACUUAGCAAUAUAUU